AUGGGAGGGAAAGGCGCGCGGAGGGAUCGUGCGGGAAGGAGUGGGAGCGGAGGAGAAGCGUGCAAAGCUGGCAGUUGUACCGGUGGCGGCUCGAGCUCGGCGGGCGCCGGCCGUUUCUUGCCCGGCUCCGAAGUCACGCUCGCUGCCGGCUGCUGGGCUGCGGCGGCCGUCUACGUGAAGCGAAGCGUCGCAGGACGGGACAGAAACAAUAACGAUGUAGUAGAUGCACAGAAUACACCUAAAGCUCGGCGUAAGGUGACAUUAUGCGAUAGAUAA